CAACAGCUCAAAUUUUUUAUAAAAAGCUCAUUGAGAGCACAAAAAUAGACGCAACGUGGGAUUUAUUACGGCGGAAAGUGCGGCACCUGAAGGCUUCAUACAAAAAAUCAAGCGAAUGUCAACAGGAGCAGGCCUUCUUGAGUCUGAUGCCGGGGCGUCGAGUGUUGAAGGCAAAGUGUUGCAGAUGUGCCCGCACUUUAAUCAGCUUAAAUAUAUUUUUGGGAAAAAAGCCACAAGUGAAUUACCAUUUGAAGUGGUUGAUAGUGGCAGUACGUCUAUAAUGAAUGAAAGCGCGGCCAGCCAAAUACUGGAAAUCACUUUUUCUGAUGUCUGCGAAGAAAUUGCGUCUCCAAUUGACAUUGAAAAUCUACCACCAGGCAAUGUAAGUGAAGCAAAAGAUUUCGCGGAAAAAACGAAAAACAUAUUCCAAAAUCGUCUGCUGCAAAACUUGUUGCUUUUUAAGUCGAGCGUAGGGAAAUGUUUAAAAUGA